GAUCAUAAAUUUUGCAGAAGGUUGUGAGACACAAUGUCCACGCCAAUCUCCGAAACAAGGUCGCCGAUGCCUUUGCUGUUCCGGCGGCACUCAAGUGGCGAAAUAAAGAAUUUGACGUCAGUUUCCAGCAGCCUCUUGCCGGCGUUCGGAACAGUUGUUAACGAUGGAUACACACACCUGAACAAGUUCGUAAUAGUUCCGUAUGACAGAAGAUAUCGGUGGUGGCAAACUUUCCUGGUAGUACUAGUGGUUUACUCAGCGUGGGUAUCACCCUUUGAGCUUGCCUUCAAGAAAGUGGCGACUGGGUCUCUUUUACCCGUUGAUUUGGUAGUGGAUGCAUUCUUCGCCAUUGAUAUUGUGUUGACCUUCUUUGUGGCUUACUUGGAUAAAGGCACAUAUCUCCUCGUUGAUAAUCAUAAGAAGAUAGCUCUACGUUACCUUACAAGCCUGGGGUUCCCCAUGGACGUAGCCUCCACUCUCCCAUUUCAGGUAAUAUACAGAAUUUUCACUGGAAGGAUGCACCGCAGUGAGGCCUUCGGCUUCCUCAACUUACUUCGGUUCUGGCGACUAAGGCGUGUUAGUCAACUUUUCACAAGGCUGGAGAAAGACAUACGCUUUAGUUACUUUUAUACAAGACUCGCCAAACUAAUUUGUGUUACACUGUUGGCAGUUCAUACGGCUGGUUGUUUCUACUAUUGGUUAGCAGUUCAUCAUAAAGAUUCAGAAAAUACAUGGAUUGGAAUUGAAGUCGAAGAUUUUCAGAAUAGAAGUAUCUGGCUUGGGUACACCUAUUCGAUAUAUUGGUCCAUUGUCACACUUACUACUGUUGGUUAUGGGGACUUGCAUGCAGUUAAUCUAGGGGAGAAGAUUUUUAGCAUCUGCUACAUGCUAUGCAACAUUGGCCUCACAUCUUAUUUGAUAGGAAACAUGACAAAUCUCAUCGUUCACGCCGCUAUUCGAACAUUUAUCAUGAGGGAUUCUAUAAAUGAGAUAUUGCGAUAUGGAAGCAAGAAUAGACUGCCAGAAGGCUUGAAAGAUCAAAUGUUGGCGCACAUGCAACUCAAGUUCAAGACAGCAGAGUUGAAGCAAGAACAGGUGUUGGAGGAUUUACCUAAAGCAAUCAGAUCCAGUAUUGCCCAGCACCUUUUCCGUCAUACCGUUGAGAAUGCAUACUUAUUCAAGGGGCUCUCUGAAGACCUUAUCGUCCAAUUGGUGUCUGAGAUGAAAGCAGAGUAUUUUCCACCUAAAGUUGACAUUAUAAUACAAAACGAGAUACCAACAGAUUUCUACAUCUUGGUGUCUGGAGCAGUGGAUGUGAUCUCGUACAAGACUGGAACUGAACAGAUUUUGUCAAAGUUGGAAUCUCCAAAAAUGGCAGGGGAAAUUGCUGUGAUGUUGAAUAUCCCACAGCCAUUUACAGUGAGAACUAGAAGACUCUCCCAAGUCGUCAGGAUCAGUCAUCAUCAUUUUAAGCAAUUGAUACAACCAAACAGCAAUGAUGGAAAAGUCCUUUUCUCCAACUUCGCUCAGCACUUGAAGGGACUAAAAAAGGAGGAGCAAAAUGAAAUACCCUACUUUUCCGAUUUGCUGGAAGACCUAAAUUUUGAGCGCACAGAACCCAAUGAGACACAAAAUCAGAGAGCAUCAAAUUAUCAUGGAGAUGAAAAAAUUGAAGGAAUACCAGAAGCAUCUAAACCACAGCCACCUACAGUUCGCAUCAGGGUGAUAAUUCAUGAGCACCAUCCAGAUGAAAGUACAAAAGAUGGCAACAGUAAUGGAAAACUGGUACUUCUGCCUCAGUCAAUUGAAGAACUGUUUGGAUUGGCAGAUAACUGCUUGACAAUGGAUUGCAGAGAAAAGAUUUGGCAAGAGAGGGAGCUCAAUUCUCAUGGUUGAUGGCUCUACAGUAGAAGACUUGAAUGUUUUAAGAGAGGGUGAUCAUUUAUUCUUUGUUUGAAGACAAAAUUCGUAUCUGAUCGGUUUACAUAUCCCAUCACUUCUUCAAAGCCUAAACUGGUGACUUAUGGUUUUCAUCUAUUAUAAAACAAGAGAUGAAUGACUGUAAAUAUGUUAAAGGGAUACGUGUUGGCAGAAAGUGCAGAAAUUUUGGGAAAAAUCUUACAGCAUUCCCCCUCCUCCGUUGUUGAGCAUGUCUAAAACAGUGUAAGCAGCUUGUUGAAAUUGUUGUUUCUCUUCCUCCAACACUCCCUUUCUGUCAAGAGCAGAACCCCUGCACUUUUCUAUGUCUUCCACUAUUCCAACAGCGUUUUGAUCAAUUUCACUGCAAACAGUUGAAAACGAGAAGACUGAGGUUGGUCUGAGGACGUAGACGUACCAUUAUUACGUUUUAUGGAAUUAAUUUAAGUCUCUAGGAGUAGAAGAUGAGGAAUGAGAAUAUAGAUGGUAUUGGUGGUGACAAAGAACAGAUAAUAUAUGAAAGUGUGUAUAUAUAUUUUUUCCGACUGGGCUAAUUCCCUCUAUUGUGAAGAAGAGAAAAAAUAAGUACUUUAUGAACAUAGCUUUAAAUUGGCUCCCCA